UAACACAAAAGAACCUGAAAAUUAGUAAACAAAUCAAUCACAUACCGAAAAAGUCUUUUGCUAGAAGAGGUACAGAGGAGAUUCAAAACAAAAAUCAACAAGUUAUGUUAUCAUUUUAUUUUCAUUUUUCAAAAAUGCAAAAAACAAGAGAGUUUUAAUGGUUUGUUGCAAAAGGGAGAUAAGAGAUUAUUUUUUCUGGUUUCUAUAGUUUGGUUUGUGUUCAUUGAAAGAACACUAAGAGUUUUGGUAGAAAAAGAGGAAUGUGGUUGCCAAAGAAUUCAUCAGAGAACAAGGAAGGGGUAAAGGGGUUAAUAGCAGUGGCAAUUGACAAAGAAAAGGGAAGCCAAAAUGCACUCAAAUGGGUUGUUGACAAUCUCCUCACAAGAAAUGCAACUGUAAUUCUCAUCCAUGUCAGGGUUUCGGCACCUUCUCUUCCUUCAUCACCUUCUUUUUUCACCAUAAGGUCAGGGAUAAAUGCUAAUGGCUUAACAAUAUGUAAAGAACCAGAAGCUCAAAACAAAAACAUUUUCCUCCCAUAUCGCGUCUUCUGUACACGCAAAGAUAUACAAUGCAAGGAUGUACUACUAGAAGAUGCAGAUGUGUCAAAAGCGUUGAUUGAAUAUGCUUCGCAGGCAGGAAUUGAGCAUCUGAUUCUUGGCUCUUCAACAAAAACUAGUUUGCUCAAAUUCAAGGUAUCAGAUAUUCCUGGAACAGUGUCAAAAGGGGCACCAGAUUUUUGUACAGUCUAUGUCAUUGGCAAAGGAAAGAUUCAAUCGAUGCGAUCUGCUUCUCGUCCUGCUCCGAACAUUUCCCCUCUACAAGUUAGUCAAACUACUAUCGAACAAGACCAAUCAGACAUAAAUUUGGUGUUGGAGCAAAGUGAAAAAGAACAAGCAAGGAAUUCCUAUGAUGCUGCACAACGCAAAUUGCAAGAUGGAACAGAUUCAUUCAGGUCACCAUUCACUAGGAAAGGUUACAAUACCAAACAAUAUAUGGAAAAUUAUAAGCCAGAUGGUGACAUAUCUUUUGUAAGCUCUGGAAGGUCGAGUACGGACCGCAUGUUGCCUCCAUUGCAUAACAACUCAGAGCCAGGCCCUUGGAUAUCAUGUAGCUCAGAAUCAGAUGUAAACUACAGCUUUGAGUCUAUCAUUCACGGAAGGAUGUCUUUGGAAUCAACCAUCCCUACCGAAUUUACAUCACUCUCAUUUGAUAGCGAAAGGCUUUCAUCUUCUUCGUCACAGGCCGUGGAUGACAUGGAGGCUGAAAUGAGAAGAUUAAAGUUGGAGCUCAAGCAAACAAUGGAAAUGUACAACACAGCAUGUAAAGAAGCACUCACAGCACAACAGAAGGCAGUAGAACUUCAAAAAUGGAAAUUAGAAGAAGAAAGGAGAUUGGAAGAGGCAAGGAUGGCCGAGGAAUCUGCAUUGGCAAUUGCAGAAAAGGAGAAAGAAAAAUCUAAAGCAGCCAUUGAGGCCGCUGAAGCACAAAAAAGGAUAGCAGAACUAGAAGCACAGAAGAGACUUCAUGCAGAGAUGAAAGCAGUUAGAGAAGCAGAAGAGAAAAAAAAAGUAAUGGAUGCUUUAGUAAAUGUAGAUGUCAGGUAUAGAAAGUAUACAAUUGAGGAAAUUGAAGCUGCAACAAAUUUUUUUUCACAAUCCCUCAAGAUUGGAGAAGGAGGAUAUGGUCCAGUUUUUAAGUGCCUUCUGGACCAUACACCUGUUGCAGUCAAGGUUCUACGCCCCGAUGCAGCACAAGGACGAUCGCAGUUUCAACGCGAGGUUGAGGUACUGAGCUGCAUACGGCAUCCAAACAUGGUUCUCCUCUUAGGAGCCUGUCCGGAAUAUGGAUGUCUAGUGUAUGAGUACAUGUCAAAUGGAAGCUUGGAAGAUUGCCUAUUUCGUCGAGGCAACAGUCCUUCACUUUCUUGGCAGCUAAGGUUCAAAAUUGCAGCCGAAAUCGGAACCGGCUUGUUAUUCCUUCACCAAACAAAACCAGAACCUAUAGUACAUAGAGACUUGAAACCAGGAAACAUCUUGCUAGACAGAAACUAUGUAGCCAAAAUUAGUGAUGUUGGUUUGGCAAGACUUGUUCCGCCAUCUGUGGCCGACAGUGUGACGCAAUAUCGCAUGACGGCAACAGCAGGAACAUUCUGUUAUAUAGAUCCUGAGUAUCAGCAAACAGGAAUGUUAGGUGUGAAAUCAGAUGUAUAUUCACUUGGAAUCAUUUUCCUUCAAAUUUUGACAGCAAAAUCACCAAUGGGUUUGGCACAUAACGUUGACAGAGCUAUUGAGAAAGGAACAUUUACUGAGAUGUUGGAUCCUACAGUGACUGAUUGGCCAAUGGAGGAUGUUUUGAGAUUAGCAAAAAUUGCGGUCCAGUGUGCCGAGUUAAGGCGAAGAGAUAGACCUGACCUUGGUAAGGUUGUACUGCCAGAACUUGACAGAUUGAGAGAACUUGCUGAGCAAAAUUCAACAGAUGGUAGUGGCAGUAGCAGCAGCUCUAUAAAUAUGUCCCAUGAGAGACAAGUUUCACUGCUUCUGGAUGAAAGUUGUCCUCUAUUUCCUCACUCUGAGACUGAUGAGAUUAGAAGAAACACACCAAUCAGGUCUGAUGAGAUUAGAAGAAACACAACAAUUGGUUUCUAACAAAGUCAAAACAAGAGAUUCCGUUGACCAAAUAAAUAUGUGCAAUGCGUAAAAAUGUAAAUUACUUAGGUGGAGGAUUCAUUUUGUAGAAUGUUUGAUUCUUUAAUUCUUUCCUGCAUCGAAAGCGUAGCCUUUUUAAAGGUACAACUUCAGGGUCUCAAUGUAUUUGUAUGGAUAUACAUGUAAAUAUGUUUACAUUUCUUUCCUUAUUGAUAAAUUGCAAUAAGAAAAGUUAAUCUAUUACUUGUAGUUUUUAUAAUUAACGACCCUUCAAACUUAGUUCAUCUAAAUUCUUCAUGUAUUUCUCUCUUUGAUGAAAGAUGAGAGAGCACAUUCUACUCUCUCAUAUGUAAAUUGCACAUAAGAGAAUCCAUUGGUGGCUCUUGUGGAAGGAAUUUUAUAACCAGAUUUAUAACUUGUAUUGAUGUGAA